ACGCAAACACCCUCUUUUAUCCCCCAAGAGAAGGCCCUCAAAACUCAAAGGCACACAAAGAAGCCGAGAUCUCAAAGGCAAGCCCUAAGAGAUGGCCGCCACUUCCGCCGCCGCUUCCUCUUUCAUGGGAACUCGGGUGGUUCCUGACUUCCAGUCCGGUUCUUCCCGGUUCACCGCCCGGUUCGGUUUUGGAACUAAGAAAUCGGCCGCACCCAAGAAGAAAUCCAAACCGAUCGGUACGGACAGGCCGCUUUGGUACCCAGGAGCCAAAGCCCCCGAGUGGCUCGACGGUUCGUUGGUGGGAGACUACGGGUUCGAUCCAUUCGGUCUGGGUAAACCGGCGGAGUACCUGCAGUUCGAUUACGAUGGGUUGGACCAGAACCUGGCGAAGAACCUGGCGGGGGACGUGAUAGGAACACGAACGGAGGACGCGGACGUGAAAUCAACACCGUUUCAGCCGUACAGUGAAGUGUUCGGGCUUCAGAGGUUCAGGGAGUGUGAGCUGAUCCACGGUCGGUGGGCGAUGUUGGCCACUCUCGGCGCUCUCUCCGUCGAGUGGCUCACCGGUGUCACUUGGCAAGACGCCGGCAAGGUGGAGCUGGUGGAAGGGUCGUCGUAUCUGGGACAGCCAUUGCCGUUCUCGAUCUCGACACUGAUAUGGAUAGAGGUGUUGGUGAUUGGAUACAUAGAGUUUCAACGCAACUCGGAGCUUGACCCGGAGAAGCGUCUAUACCCAGGAGGGAAGUUCUUCGACCCGCUAGGGUUAGCAGCUGACCCGGAGAAGAAGGCGCAGCUCCAGCUGGCUGAGAUCAAACACGCUCGUCUGGCGAUGGUGGCCUUCUUAGGGUUCGCUGUCCAGGCAGCCGCCACCGGAAAGGGCCCACUCGACAACUGGGCCACUCACCUCAGCGACCCACUCCACACCACCAUCAUUGACACCUUCACCUCUUGAUUGUAUGUUUGUGAUGGCUGUUCUUCAUGUUCUACUCGUUUUGUAUAAACUGAAUCAACAAUUCACGGUUUCUCUACC